AAGAGAGGAGGUGCAUAAGCAGAAAGUACUGCUUAGAGAAAUGUCAGACGAACUACGCCGCCUCAAGUCGCUCCUCGACGAAAUGACAGAAACUGCGGAGCACAGGAUGUUCACCGUGUUCUGGUUGUUGCUUGACAACAUGAAAGAUAUAGACGUUACUCGUCUGAGGGAGGCCAUGUCAGCCAGACUUCAGGCAAUUGCUGAAACGAAGAACACCACGUUCGACGAGUUUCAGGCAUGGCUGAAUAUUGAAAGGGAAAGGCGCACCGCAGUCUUGAAGCGGCUCUCCGCCCACAUCACGAAGACAACAAACGGGGAGUCAGACGGAGGGGAUGUCAUGUGUCUUGCCAGCUGCGGAAAGUGUGUGCUGAAGGAGGGGUGGGCAUCGUACAAUAGCCAAGAUUACAACACAGGUUCGCUACCUACGACGGUACGCAGCGUCGUUGACCUCUUAGCCUUCACCGAGGACUGCUUUCGCCACUGUACGGAAACUGUCGAGAAGUACGGUCUGAGUGAAGUGGGUGUCGCUGCAGACGUUUGGGAGCAUCACCACAGGAGAUUCUGCAAACAACCGUACAUGUCAUCGAACAAAAGGAAAGCGUCAACCCAGAUGGUCAACCACGUGCGCCGGUCGCUGGCGUUGCAGGAGGAGAUCGGAUUUGUGAGGAAAAAGAGGAAGAGGGCCGUCGAGAAUAGGUCUUCUGUGACCGGAUUUUCGAAAGAGCAUCGCAGAAGCGGCGCCGGCCCCUCUGCGAAAACGGAGCACAAGCGCAGCCGCAAAUCCGGAUCGAAAGUUACAGUCCCUUCGAGUGCACGGGAGAUUUCAACGCUGAAAGAACGUAACGAGUCGCCCCCCUCGACCCCCGUCCGGGGAAGGCGCGGAAGCGGCGCCGAGAACCGUCCGCCAAGGGCCCCGGAAAAAAGAUCGCGGGAUGAUAGAAGCACGACUACGCACCGCAGAACAAAGAAGAGAAUAUCCUACAAAGACGACAGAACAGUGGAGACAAUCGAUCUUAGAGGGUCUGACGACAGGCACAGCGGACCCCAAGUGGAAGAAGAGGAGGAACACGACCGUUCCGCGCCAGAGAAGUCAGAUGGUGCGGAGGACGAGGAGCCAGGAAACGAGGGAGACGACAGCGAUUCUUCCCGCAGACAAUCGCAAGACACCGAUGAGGACGACGACAACGACGACAAGUCGGCCAGCGAGAGAACUGGCAAAGACCAGAGCGCCACUUCGGAAAGAGGUGGUUCGCCAUUUCCUUCGAGGACGCUGCGCAGAGAAGGAGAACGGCAGACACGCAAUGGCAGCGACACCGAGGAGCGUGUCGGUGACAGACAAAUCGUACAGCACGUCAGCGCCGCCGGAAAAGUGCGCGCAAGCGGCGGAGCCGUGCAAGGACCGAAGGACGAGAGCGCCGCAUUCGCGAAGAAAACGAAGGGCAAGCUGUUGCGUUCCGUCGCCAAAGCCUUUGCGUUCUCUGCGGCAAACGACGCAACUUUGUACCCGACAGAGGACGCGUUUUUCGCGGCGGUGCAAGCGACGGCGAAACUGGCAGGGGAGACAGCAGAGGAAGGGUUGCGGUCUCAUAUAGCAGAGUGCGGGAUUCGAGCUGUCAUAGGGGAAUGCAACAGAAUGAUGACGACGAUCCGCGGAGAGAUUACAUGGCAGCUGAAACAUUGGUUUUGGGCUGAAAAAGGGAUUCCGCUCGUCGGAUCGCAGCAAACGGACCACCACCUCACCACUUGCAACAAGAUGCGCACCGAGAUGAAGGAGAACAAGACGUGGAGACGGAGCGGCGACGAUCCGUGGGGCGCCCUCGCCUUCAAGACGGCACUCUUAAAAGUUUUUCAGAUGAGGAAGGAAGACCGGAACCUGGGCGUCACCCUGCAGCAACUGGCUUUUGCGGAGAUGGUCAUUCAAUGUGAGAUUGAACAGACAACGAAGACGACACGAGCUGCGGAGCAGAUAGAAAAAUUGGUAUCUAUAAAGCAGGCAAUCGUCUCAUCUCUCCGUAGCCGAGACACGACUGGUUUCGUCAUGGUAGCCGACGUCGUCGUUAUGUCAAGUGCAAAAGCAUGGCCAAAUACCCUUGUAACGGUAUUUGGUCCGACAACGCCCACGGAGUUGGCCUCGCAACAGGCCACCCCUAUGACGAUUGAGAUCCCUGAGGGCGAGCCGGCGCAGCGACCCCAACCUCCAGUGAAGGAAGGGGGCCCCACAGAGGAGUCCCCUACGAUCCUUUUGGAGGUGCAGGAGGGUGCCCUUACGGGAGCAGCAGCAUCCACUGAGCCGGAGGCAAUGGGGGGAGAGGCGUCUCGACUGGAUGAGUUAGUGACAGCUAUGGAGUUGGACAUGCCGUCAAGAGAGCCUCAGAGACAGAAGACCCCAGAGCGUGUGCCAGAGAUGGGGGGGUUGAGGACGCAGUUAGGCUCUUGGGCUAGUGGAGCUGACUCAGGAGAGCACAUCUCGGAGCAGCAGCAGGAAGUUAUGAGCGAGGCAGCGACUGCCGUGACUCCCCAGCCUUCUGACCUGCAUAGGGACGAGGGGGCGACUGCGAUGGGAGGAGUCCGCGAGGGUAGGCCACUGAGAUUAGACACUCCAGCGUACCGACCCGAGGGAGAUGAGAUGCUAGCAGGGCCGAGUACCCAGAGGAUGGACGCAGGGCCGACAGAGUCAUGGAGUAUGCCCCAGAGCCACGAGAUGAGCAGGGAAACUAGCGAGACGCCGCCGUUGCCUGGGUCCCAGAAGAAGAAGAGGAGGUGUCGGGGGAGAUCAGACGAUCAGUGCUUCUUCUGCACGGACGGCGUACAUAGGGCUCUUGAAUGCCCGAAAUUCCUUAAGGACAAGGCAGCUGGGAGAGUGACAGAGAGUGGUGGGAGGAUGUACAACAGACAGGGGCGAGUGGUAGAGCGGGCUCCAGAUGGGGGUAGGGCACAAUUGCAUAGGCAGAACCAGGAGGCCAUGAGUGAGUAGGGGUUGGCCUGUCUAUAUGACAGUAGGACUAGAGUUCCUCUGUACCCAGAGGUCGGGUUAGGGACGUACGUACUCUGAGUCGGUUGAGUGGGUCCUAAGGGGUGUGCACGUCUGAGUUCGCCGUGGGAGUCCUGUCUAGUUGUACAUACAUAGGUGGCAGGGCUCAAUCGGUCAUUGGGUUUUGUGUGUGAUACAAUUCAGCGGGUGAGAUUCAGUUGUGAGAUACAUGUGACUGUGUGAUUUGUACAUUAGGUUUGGAGGUUUGGAAACCUUCUUUACAUUUCUGAUUGGAUCCUGAGAGCCAUAACAUCUGGGGUGUGAGUCCACCAUGUAGAGUGUACAGGGAACUGAGUGUUGAGUUGUUCACUGAGGCGGGCAUCCUAUUCCUAGGUAUAUCCUAGGAAUUGUGUGUGUGGGAGCUUGAGUUGAGUGUUGUAUUGAGACUUGAGGGAGAUAUUUUGCUCCCGAGUAUAUUUUGAUUCCACCCUCUGUGGGAUUUGCUCUUAUGACAAUCACGAUCACUCUCACAUGUGUGGCUUUAUCCCAAUGAAUGAGGGCUUUGUGU